GGAUAAUUGACGAUUUACGGCAAUAUGGACGUCUACAAAAUUUUGCAAGCACAUUUUUGAAUUAAAAGCUUUAAAUGCAUUAUAGAUCUAAGUGAAAAGUGGUGUAUCACAAUACAUGUUCCAAACAUAAGCUUGUUUUCAAACUUCCCAAGGUUUCUUGGGACUGAUUUUUACAGACGUUCAAUCAGAAAAUUAAAAUGGGUCGACGUUCUAUCAACACCACCAAAAGUGGGAAGUACAUGAACCCCACGGAUCAGGCCAGAAAAGAGGCAAGAAAAAGAGAAUUGAAGAAGAAUAAGAAGCAGCGUAUGUUGGUUCGUACAGCUGUACUGAAGGGCAAAGAUCCACUGAAACUUCUAGAAGAGAUGGAAAUUAUUGAUCAGAUGGAGUUUAAUCCAAUGGAAGCUCCCAAGUUGAAUGAGAAAGUACUGAAAGACAAAAGAAAGAAACUAAAAGAAACAUUCCUGAGAGUUUUGAGGUUAUAUGAAAAAGAAAAUCUAGACUAUGCAAAGGAAUUGAAGAAAGCAGAAGUUGAGUAUGAAAAAAAAAGAGAAAGACUACAGAUACAUUAUGAGCAAGUUAAGAUAGCUGAGCGUGUACAGUUAAAUGAAAUCCCCUUACCAGAUAUGCCAGCAGAACCAGCCCCCUCUGCUAUCCCAUUACCAAGUGAUAUCCCAUUACCACAGAAAGGAAUUCUGAAGAAACAUUCAGCAUACAGUGACUCCCAUAUAGUUCCUCCAACAUCUGAGAGAAAGAAAAAGAAACCUGGUCCCCCGCCAGGGCCUCCACCAGAACUCAGUGAUAGUGAACCAGAAGAGGAAGAAUAUGACCCUGCUACAGGUGUAGAAGAAGUUUUGGGUACUGUAGAAGUAGAUCAUCAUCCAGAAGAGAUGGAAACUGAACCGCCACUACCAGAAUUCUCAGAAAAAGAAAAGAAAAAGAAAAUCCGAUUUAUUGACGAUGAUACCAGAGAUCUUACAUUAGAAGAAAAAGAUACAAGACUUAAGUUUGGUCCACCAAAGAAACCUGCUGUCACAUCAUUACAGAAGAGAAUGUUAGAAAUGGCGGGACAGGAAGUGCCGAAGGAAGACAGUGAUAAGGACGAUAGGGAUAGUUCAUCAAGUUCCGACUCUGAGGAUGAUGAUGAUUAUAAAAGAAGAAGAGAUAGAAGGGAUAGAAGAGAUAGAGACAGUGAUUCUAGCAGUGACAGUGAGGAGGAGACGUUUGCCUCCCACCGUGAUGACAGUGAUGAUGAUGAUGAUAAUGACAAGAAGGUUGCUGAACCGAUAGAGAAGAUUGAAGAUGUGCCCAUACCUAUAUCAGUCCCAGUGAAACCGGCAGCUCCCCCAGGCCCUCCACCCGGGGCCCCAGCUGGGUUGCCGCCUGGCUUACCUCCAGGCCCACCUCCUGGAGCACCACCAAUGAUGAUGAGGCCCCCACCUCUACGAGGUGCUCCUCCUGGACCUCCAGGAGGCCCUCCAAGGAUGAUGCGUCCAGGACCUCCUCCAGGCCGACCACAGGGUAUGCCACCUGGACCCCCGCCUGGUCUCCCUCCAAACAUCAGAUUACCACCGAGGUUACCUCCAGGAGGACCACCAGGAAUGCCACCUCCAAGGAUGUUACGACCUCCUGGGGGUCCGCCAGGGAUGGGCCCAGCUUCACUACCACUACCACCAGGAGUCACGCCCCCUCAACAGAACCCAAAUGUACUCAGUGCUCCUCCAAGCAUCAUGAAGUUGCCACAAAAGGCUGCUCCGGAGGAGAAGAAAGAUGCUGCUACUAUAUCAGCCAAGCCCCAGAUCAAAAACCCUAUCGGGGAUGUCACAAGGUUCAUGCCUACAUCCCUCAAGGUCAAACGAUCUGGCAAAGACACAAAGGUUAAAAAAGCAGCUAAGGAAGAUGAGAGACAUACUGUUGGUGUACCAGUGAAACCUACACCGACGGUACAACAGCCUGGUAAAAAGAAGGAUGACGCCUAUGAUCAGUUUAUGAAGGAAAUGGAAAAUCUCUUGUAGCAGAAGUCAGUCAUGGUUGUGUGUUCGAAAAAAGGAAGUCAGAAUGUGGAUAGAUUCAUCAGCAGUUAGAAACUGUUACAAUGGGGAAUUUCAUCAUUUCAUUUACAUGGUUCCUUCCGAAGGAUUUAGUUCAACAUUUACUUUAUUCCCCUUGUUGUUAUUUUGAUGUAGUAGAAAGAUGAAUGGAUUUGAAGAUAUCUUAAUGCUAGUAUGGACAGUAGCAAGUGGGGUCAUUCAGUGAGAACAUGACUUUGUUCAAGCAAAACAGUGAUACUGCAUAAAAUCUUGUCCUUUUUUUCUCAUCAUUAUAUGGUUGUCCAGACGAAAAGAAUUAUUUUUCAAGAAAACAUGCAAUACAAUCGAGUCCAACAUGAAGAAAUUAUUUUAGCACUUUUGUAAUUGAUAAUUUUGUAAUUAGGUUAAGUAACUAUGAAGGUAAUUCUGUUCUAUGUCACAACAGAUAAAAUAGACUUUAAAUGAACUUUUUUAAUUCAGCUGUGCUAACUGCUUGCAUAAAAAAAUUUCAUUUGUUAUUUUGUUUUUGGGUAUCAGUAUGAAUUUUUCCAAAUUGUGUUUUAUGUACAAGGCACAAAACUCCUGUAUAUGAGGUUGUCCGACUUGAGCAGUGUUACAGCAGGCAAUAUGAGACUGGAAUAUGUAGGAUUUUUAUAUUGUAUAUUAUGAAAUUAGGGUUUCUAAAUUUAGGACACUGAAAUUUCAACUGGAUUUGCGUGUAAACUUUUGUUGAAAACUUGUUAGACCUGAAUAUACAAGUAGUAAGACACUUGAUCUAGACUCUAUUUUUGGGUCACUUACUGAUAUCUGAACCUCUAACAUCUUUUGCAAAUGCUUGUUACAUUUUGCAAGGACAUGGAAAUAGCAGCAGUGUAUAUCAAGGAAAUGAUGUUCAUAUUUCACUUUCAUUUGUAUAUUAGAUAACAUUCAAUAAAUAUCAUUCAUCCCA